UCCACACACUCAUCACACAGUUUCAGAGCAGCCUCUAAACCAACACGGUCAGCGCGUUCUUUAAAGACAACACUAGUACCUGAGCCAUUCUAACAUUUUGAGACCACUUCAAAGAAGAACAGAAGACCGCCAGGGACGUCCCAGUUGUCCCUCCUCCACAUCAGCAACCGCAAGGAGCAAAAAGGGAAAAAAAUCAUGAAAAAGGGAAAGCAGGUGAGCAACGACAACGAGCCUCCCACCUAUCAGGAGGCAACAGCAGGCUAUGGAGAGAUGGAGGCCCAGUUUGCCUGGGAUGACAAAAACAUCAGGCGGACGUUCAUCAGGAAGGUUUACGCCAUUCUCAUGCUCCAGCUGUCCGUGACCGUGGGAAUCGUGGCUCUUUUCACAUUUUGUGCUCCCGUGAGGUUCUAUAUUCAGACUCAUCCCAGCUUGUACAUGGCAUCUUACAUCAUGUUUUUUGCCACCUACAUUGCGCUGUCCUGCUGUGGAGAACUAAGGAGGCAGUUUCCCUGGAAUGUGAUGCUGCUAGUUUGCUUUACUUUGAGCAUGGCUUUCAUGAUGGGAUUCGUGUCAAGCUUUUACAACACCAAGUCGGUGAUGCUGUGUUUGGGAAUCACUGCCCUGGUGUGCCUGUCCGUCAGCGUUUUCAGCUUCCAGAGCCGGAUCGAUGUGACGUCCUGCCAGGGGGUCCUGUUCUCUCUGACCAUGACCCUGUUCCUCUGUGCCAUCACCAUUUCUAUUGUGGUCCCUUUCGGAUACGUUCCCUGGUUACAUGCCACCUAUGCUGUGAUAGGAGCCAUCCUGUUCACACUGUUCUUGGCUUUCGACACCCAGAUGCUCUUAGGGAACAAACGCUACGCCAUAAGUCCAGAGGAAUACAUUUUUGCCACCCUCAGCCUGUACCUGGACAUCAUCUACCUGUUCAGCUUCCUGCUGCAGAUCUUGGGGGGAGGCCGAGAGUGAAGCCCGCCUUCAGCUGAACUCAUGGAACUCUUAGCUGAGACCCCGAGGAAAUGUGCACUUUUAAGCUCAGCAGUGUUGAGUUUGUUUGAUAAAGCUAUUUUGCUGGUAAUAUGAAUCUGUAUAUCUAUAUAUGUAUAUAGAAAUGUAACUUUUAUACCGGUUGUACAAUGGAUAACAUAAUAGGUGACACAGUGUCUUGCACAUAGGUACUGUAUGUGAGAGGAGACAUUUUUAAACAGCUGUGGAUGUCUUUUUGUUUUUUGAACUUAGAGUUUCAAAAUAAUCAAAGUGAACAAAAUGACAAUUUAAGAUAUGUAAAGGUGUCAGUUCAGAUUGUGGGUUGAUGGUGGCCUUUUAGGUGUGAUCUAAAUGAUUUCAGAUAGUUUCCUGUGCAAUAGAGGUUUUGUAUAUCAAAUGAAGGUGUUCAAUUUGAAUAUUCUUUUUCUAACGACAAACAGUUGUGUAUGCUUCAUUUUGACUCAACAAUAAAAGGUGACGUAAGAACUACACUGUGUGCCGUCGUCCACAACUCUUAUCUCCCCAUGGUCAGAGUUUAAAGUUGUUUUUAAUUUGUUUGUUUUUUAACAAGACCUACUGUUUCAUUAGUUUGACCGUCAAACGUGGAUGUUUUUUUUUUAGCGGUCCUAUUAACAGUAAACCAUAUAAAACUAAAUAAAUGAUAAUAAUGAUAGCCUGGUGUAUCACACA